AGUGACUAAAGAGCCAUACAAGUUUUAGUGACGGGGGGAUAAAUCCCAACAGGGAAAAUUGACUGGCAUCAAUCAAGCAGAAAUACUUGGCACAGGAGUUCGCUCGGUGCUCACUGGCUUGUCCGUCACUCUCAUGGAGUUGCGUCGACUUACCAUUCAAUCGUUUUGGUUAUUAUCCGAAUUUCUUAUUUUUUAUAUUUGAAGGGUAGUUCCGGUUUUGAGUGAAGAUUAGGAAUCAAUCACAUGAUUACCUAAUUCACCGGUCUUUUGGAAUGAAUAUAUCAUCUCUGUUUGUGGCGGUGUGAGCCUACUAUUUUCCUGAUCCCUUUCUCUCGCCUAGGGUUUCCAUUUCUCUUUUUUUUUCCUCUCCCUCUAAAGCCCAAGAAUAUGCCUCCAUCAAUGGAAGAUCAGUUCUCGGAUGGCGCUGAUUCGGAUGAGAUCUCCAGAACCUUUAUCUGCUGCGUUUGUUUGGAUCUCCUGUACAAGCCCAUUGUGCUGGCUUGUGGUCAUAUUUCCUGUUUCUGGUGUGUCCAUUUUUCCAUGGAUGGCGCACAUGAAUCUCAUUGUCCAAUUUGUAGGAAUCCAUAUAGUCACUUCCCAACCAUCUGUCAGAUGCUUCACUUCAUGCUCUUGAAGAUGUAUCCUGUUGCCUACAAAAGACGGGAGAAGGAAACUCUAGAAAGAGAAGAGGAAACACGCCACUUCUCUCCACGGUUUGAUGCUUAUGGAGGUGGAUCACAUACUUAUAAAAAAUUGAAGAUCGAAGCAGAUCCUGCAGAUCCUUCCAUCACAGUUUUUGAGUUUAAAUUGUGUCCAGAUUCUUCUUCCAAUAGGGUAAAGAAACAUUUUGCUAAUUUGAUGCAACGACAACCUGUGUCGCUGCCUCAAGAUUUUGUCACUCCUAUUUCCAAACAAACCUCUGGUGGAAAUCCUCAAGGGGCAACACUUGCUGAUGAAGAGAAUGUUGUGCUUAAAAAUAAUCUUGAUCAAACUUGUGAGGAGCUUUCAAUCGCUGAUGUACAGUGUACUGCAUGCAAGCAGCUGCUGUUUCGACCUGUAGUUCUGAACUGUGGCCAUGUAUAUUGUGAAACUUGUUUCAAUAUACCAGUGGAUGAGAGGUUUAGAUGCGAGGUUUGCCAGGUUCUGCAUCCAAGUGGGUUUCCAAAAGUUUGUUUGGAACUUGAUCACUUCUUGGAGGAACAAUUUCCUGAAGAAUAUGCAUUGAGAAGAGAAGCUGUUCAGCUCAAAGCAGUUCAUCUGGAUGAUGCUCCAAGUACCUGUUCAAAAAAUUCUGGCAUACAAGGUUUCAAGUGGUCCUCGGUGCCUAAAGAGGAAUAUUGUACAUGGUUGAGGGAUAAUGGGCCAAAGAUUCAUCCUGGUGUUGGUUGUGAUUCUUGUGGGAUGUAUCCGAUAGUUGGGGACCGAUACAGAUGCAAAGAUUGCAAGGAGAAAAUGGGGUUUGACCUUUGUGGAGAUUGCUACAAUACCAACUCCAAGCUUCCAGGCCGGUUUAAUCAGCAGCAUACCCCAGAGCACAAAUUUGAGUUGGUGAAUUGGAAAUUGAAACAAGAAAUGAUGAGGCUGAUGGUAGAGCAACUAGGAGAUGGUUUUGCUGCUCCCUAUUUCUCUGGUAUUAGUUUAGAACAACCGGGAGAUCCUACUGCUGCUUUUGUCUCACUAGAUGAUGCUGAGGAGACAGCAGAAAAUGCUGCUGCCAUUGUUUUAGAUGAUGAUGCUGAGGAGACUGCAGAAAAUGAUGUGAAUGGCCUGGCUGCCUCUGAUGCUGCUCCGGAGCUAUAAGCCCAGAAAACUUCAUGAGUAGCUUCUGCAGGGUUUUGGGGAUGAUGCAGCCUGAUCCAGCCAAGUUAAAAAACUCCAGCCCUAGGAAUAACAUCUCCAAUCCUCCAUCUAAACUACAGGUUUGGGACAUACAUUUUAGAAUUCAUUUCUGAUGAGUUUCCCAUACAGCCAUGUUUUUGUUGAGUGCCUUUCCAUGAGCUGUAUUUCUUGUAUAUCAUUCUUGUCCUAUCAGACCUCUGCCUCCCAGAAGAUCUUCUCCACCCUCUUAAGCUGUCAACCCAUUAUAUAUGCUUGUCUUCUUUCUUUAUUAUUACUAGAACUGCUGAUGAUUACUAAGCAAUUAUUUUCAAAGGAGUUUUGCUUUAAA